CGUCAUUCCACGCGAGCCCGAGUUGCACGGCACCACCACCGCCUUCUUCCUUCACUCGACCCGACCGCCGUCUCGUCCGUCUCCCCCGCUUCCUCCGCCUCCAAAACCCCCCCAUCCCAACCCGACCUCCUCACUCGCCCUCCCCUCGCGCUUCGCUUCGCUCCGAUCCGACCGCCGCCGCCGCCGCCGCCACAGCGAGAAGAGAGAGAGGGAGAUGGCGGGCGGGGAGAAGGUGGACUACGUGUUCAAGGUGGUGCUGAUCGGGGACUCCGCCGUCGGCAAGUCCCAGAUCCUCGCCCGCUUCGCCCGCAACGAGUUCUCCAUCGACUCCAAGGCCACCAUCGGCGUCGAGUUCCAGACCCGCACCCUCCUCAUCGACCACAAGUCCGUCAAGGCCCAGAUCUGGGACACCGCCGGCCAGGAGAGGUAUAGAGCUGUCACGAGUGCAUACUACAGAGGAGCAUUGGGAGCUCUCCUAGUCUACGAUAUCACCAAGCGCCAGAGCUUUGAUCACAUCCCUCGCUGGCUGGAGGAGCUCCGUGGCCAUGCGGACAAGAACAUAGUCAUCAUGCUGGUUGGCAACAAGAGCGAUCUUGAAGACGAGCGGGCCGUGAGCACCGAGGAUGCCAAGGAGUUUGCUGAGAAGGAGAACCUCUUCUUCCUGGAGACCUCCGCUCUGCAGGCCACCAACGUCGAGAACGCCUUCCAGACCGUCCUGUCAGAGAUAUUCAAAAUUCACAGCAAGAAGAACAUGGCAGCGGACCCAAAAGCAAACGGCGCUGCCCCAUCGCUAGCAGGGAAGAAGGUCGUCGUCCCGGGCCCAGCGCAGGAGAUCCCCAAGAGCAAGUGCUGCAGUUCCAUGUGAUCUUACUCUACUCAGAUUCAGCUGUAUUUGUGUGCCUCUUUUUGAGAAUUUUCACGCGAUCUUUCUGGAUGUACAUCCCUGCUCAAAUAGCUCUAGGCUGCGAGUAUUGUUGGACUAUUGGUUGUUUCGGUGAUCAGGUGGACGGGAUAGCUUAGAAUUUGUGACAUUUUGUCACUUCUCUCAGCUGGAGUAGGGUGCGAGCAGAGGAGCUCUAUUUUUCAUAGGAGUGGGUUAAUUUGUGGGGGUUAAUUACCAAUAGCCAUGUAUGCCGAUUGUUUUACAUUUCUUAAAUCCUUUAUGUAUUGUUACACGUAUUACUAUUAAUAUCUACUUGCUGCUAUGACACCGUACUAAGUGUGGCAUUGCCUUACCGAAUA